AUGCAGGCAACUACAAGUGCGACCACGAAGCCGGCGGGUGUAGAGUCGAAGAAAGUAUGGACGACUCUGAUUACCAACACGGCAUACCUUACCGGUCUUCUCACACUCGAUUACUCUCUCAAGAAGCACGGCUCGAAGUACCCUCUCAUUGCUCUCUACACCGAUACCUUCCCCGCAGAGGGCCACAAGGCGCUUGAUGAGCGUGGCAUACCAAAGCAACAUGUCAAGUACCUGCUGCCAAAGAUCCAGAAGGACUUCACCAACGACCCGCGGUUCUACGAUUGCUGGAGCAAGCUGACGCCCUUUUCGCUGGAGGAAUAUGACCGAGUGGUGCAACUAGACAGCGACAUGUUGGUUUUGAAGAACAUGGAUGAGCUGAUGGACUUGGAGUUGGAUGCGCCGAGUACGGGCGGCAAGGGCGACAGGGUGUUUGCUGCGAGCCAUGCGUGCGUGUGCAAUCCGCUCAAGAAGCCACAUUACCCCAAGGACUGGAUACCAGAGAACUGCGCAUUUACAUCCCAACAUUCCGACCCCGCUGCUGCACAACGCACCGGCGCACCCCCGACAGCUGGUCUCUGCAUGCCCAACGGCGGCCUCCAAGUCGUAAACCCUUCGCUCGCUACCUACAAUCUCAUCCUCGAGCAGCUCUCGAACGAGACAUCAAUGAACUACGAUUUCGCCGACCAAUCGCUACUUGGCGAUUUGUUCAACGGUCGCUGGGUCACGCUACCUUAUACCUACAAUGCGCUGAAGACUCUGCGGUCAAAGGGCGUCCAUGAUGCAAUUUGGAGGGACGAAGAGGUUAAGAAUGUGCAUUACAUCCUGAGUCCGAAGCCGUGGGAUGAAGAGGCUGGCAAGUGCAGUCAGGAGAUACAUGAGUGGUGGUGGACUGUCAAUAAUGAGAGGCGGGAGGCAGAGAAGAGCAAGGGUGUUGACGAUGGGUUUUAG